AUGGCGGGACUAAACGUCGACGGACGCGUGCUCAAUCAUCCAGUCCAUGCCUUCCUUGCGCCAGUCAUCCCUCUCCACGGCGGUGCCGUCGAUGCCAAAGACGAUGUCGCUGCCCACCCCGGCCUCGCUGGCGGUGUCGUAAACGGGCCACGCGCCCAGGCCCGGCGCGCCGUUGGGGUCGAGGCCCACGAAGAAGUUGACCCACGCGGUCGACAUGGUCUUUGCGAGCGCGACGGCCUUGGCCGUGUACGCCGUGUCGUUGCCGCCAAAGGGGUUCGUGGCGUAGCCCAGGCCGUCGACGUUGUCAAAGACGAAGGCAACCUAGACGGGGUGGUGUGCGUGUCAGUCCUGGGAGGAGUCUCGUUUGGAAGGACGCGACGAUACGAGGGGGAAGGAAGGCUUACAUCUGAAAAGUGGGUUGAGCCGAUGUACUCCGGGGAGCCGUUCGGCGUGACGUCGAAGCGAGGCCUGGACAUACAUGUCUCCAAAGAAGGCCCCGCUGCGGCGCUGCUGCAGACCCCGCGCCACGGCAAUGGGCUCGCCGGGCUGGAUGACGUGCGGCCACGUCUCGAGGCUCGGGAUGCCGACGGCCUGGUCAUCAGGGUACAACGCCAGCGCCUCAUCCACAAGCUCCUCGUUGGUCUGCCCCGUCCUCUCCUCGGCGUGCGGCGGGAUGACGCUGCCCACGGCGUAUGCCAUGUCCUCGUCCGCGUUGACCGGCCCGCCGUUGGGUCCUCUGCCCUGCCCAAAGGCGGUUCCCUCAUCCGUGUUAGACCCGAUGAGGACGGGAACCUUGACAAAGUCCCCACGGGCGAGCUGGUUGGUGGCAAAGUCCACGAAGAAGUCGCCAUCCUUGAUGGGGAUGAAGGUGAAGGGCGGGCUCGUCACGUUGAGCACCGCGUUGAACUCCUCUAG